UCUGGAUUAAACACUUCCUACCUUUCAAUCAUGAACCUUAUGCUUGCUUCUGGUCUCGCGCUCUCAGCGUUGGUUGGCACAAGUGCUGCAAACACCUUGUCAGGACGGGGAACCGUCGGCUCUGAUGACAUAGUUGGAUUUGAUGAAACCGUUCCCUCAGGAACCACCGGAGAUGUUUAUUUGGCAUAUCAGCCACAUCUCAAGGUAGUUAAUGGAUGUGUGCCCUUCCCGGCCGUCGACGCUGAAGGCGAUACAAAUGCUGGUCUUGCUACUACCGGCUCCUCUAGUGGAGACUGCAGCAGCAGCACUGGCCAGAUUUACGUUCGGGCAGCAACCUACAGUGACUACUACGGUAUCAUGUACGCGUGGUAUUUCCCGAAAGAUGAACCUUCAUCUGGUUUGGGCCAUCGUCACGACUGGGAAGGAGUCAUUGUUUGGCUUUCGGAUUCUACCGAAACUACAGCGGACAAUGUCGUCGCUGUUUGUCCAUCCGCUCAUGGAGGCUGGGACUGUAGCACUGAUGGGUUCACGCUUGAUGGCACUUCGCCUUUGAUCGAAUAUUACAGCAUCUGGCCUGUCGAUCACCAGUGUGGACUUACUUCUACUAUUGGAGGUACAGAGCCUUUGAUUGCUUGGGAAUCACUUCCGACUGUUGCUCAAGAUGCUUUGAAUACGACAGACUUUGGUAGCGCAAUUGUGCCAUUUAUUGAUGCUCACUUUGAUACCAACUUGGGCGAUGCCACUUUUUAG